AUGAAUCGCCUUCUCACCGAAAUAUCGCUCGACACAGCAGACGAGUGGUUUAAAAUCGGUAAAAAAGCUUACAAGGAUGUACACACGUUUUCCAAAAGUAAAACGGGAGGAACAUCUGACUUCGAUAUUGUCACACAAAAACCACGUGUGGUGAACGAAGAACCCUACAUCCCUUCUUACAACAGAGGUCCGCGAGAUGAAACCCAGAGAGAUUAUGCUGCUUCAUAUUUAGAAGAGGAAGAGCAAGACCUUUUUGAGACCAAUCAGUCCCAGCAACAUGGAGUCCAAGAUGUGACUGAGCGGAUGUCAGAGAUUGACCUUGACAGCAUCUGUACAAGUGCCGUUGCUAUGCCGGAUGACCUUGUUCCAUCUAAUGCUAUGGACGUGUACCAGAACUACCAGUUUCAGCAUAGUUAUGACAAAAAGUUGCCUAUCACCAGACAUCAGCAACAGGUGAUCUCCACUAUUGAAUGUAACCAAGUGACAGUGGUGCAGGGAUCAACAGGGUCUGGGAAGACAACACAGGUGCCACAGUACAUACUGGACCAUCACGCUUCCAUGAACAAGUACUGUAACAUCAUUGUUACCCAACCCAGGAGAAUCGCUGCCAUCAGUAUCGCUCGUCGAGUGUGUAGUGAACGCAACUGGCAGCUAGGCACUGUGUGUGGAUACCAGGUUGGUAUGGACAAAAUGACAUCUGAGGACACAAGACUUACCUAUGUCACAACAGGUGUGCUACUGCAGAAACUGAUCAACACCAAGAACAUGCUACAGUUUACCCAUGUGAUCCUGGAUGAGGUCCAUGAACGAAACCAGGAUACCGAUUUCAGUCUGUUGGUGGUACGUAAGCUUCUCAGAACAAACUCUCCGCAUGUUAAGGUUGUGUUGAUGUCAGCCACCAUUGACUCAGAAAUGUUUGCAAAUUACUUUGCGCUACCCCUGGGAAGGAAGCUUGAACCUGCUCCAGUCAUCAGUGUGGAAGGCAAGAUAUUUGCUGUGUCAGAGUACUACACAGAGGACCUAUCUGUCUUAGGGGAGGUGCCUCCACUUGAUGAAGGAUCACCAGCCAUCUCCCAAGAGGCUUACAGUAUGGCAGUCCGGCUCAUACAAGAAUUUGAUAGUCUGGAAGCCAAAGACCAAGGAAUAUCUGUGACAGGUUUUGCUAACUUCAGAGGAACAGUGCUUGUUUUCCUACCAGGUCAAGCUGAGAUAGAAUAUAUGGAUACAAGUCUACAGGACAGGUGCCAAAAACACAAGUUGAAAAUUCUUCCCCUGCAUUCGUCCAUCACACUGGAGGAACAGUCCAAGGUGUUUGAGAUGCCUGGUCCUGGGGAGAGGAAGGUCAUUUUGUCUACAAAUAUUGCUGAAAGUUCCAUAACAGUACCAGACAUCAAAUAUGUUAUUGACUUUUGUCUGACAAAGAACCUGGUGGCAGAUGCAGACACCAACUAUACCAGUCUUCAGGUGGAGUGGGCUUCCUGUGCCAACUGUAACCAGAGGAAAGGUCGAGCUGGUAGAGUGUCCAAUGGCAGAGUGUACAGAAUGAUUACAAGAUAUUUCUGGGAGCACUUCAUACCAGACUUUGGCAUCCCUGAAAUGCAGCGCUGCCCACUGGAGCGUAUCAUACUUAAUGUUAAGGUGUUUGAUCUUGGAGAGCCAAAAGCCAUCCUAGCACUGGCCCUGUCUCCGCCUAACUUGGAUGACAUAGAGAAAACCAUUCUGUUGCUAAAGGAGGUAGGAGCACUGAGCACCCCAACUAAUGAAACAGAUAGUCGCCAUGAUGGUGAGCUGACCUUUGUCGGGCGAGUGUUAGCUGAUGUUCCUCUCGAUGUUCGCCUCGGAAAGUUGCUUAUCCUGGGCCAUGUGUUUGGACUACUGGAAGAUUGUCUCAUCAUAGCUGCAGCACUGUCACUGAAAUCUGUAUUUGCCAGUCCAUACAAAAAACAUCUGGAGGCAUAUAGACACAAAUUGGAGUGGUCUGCUGGAUCUAGCAGUGACUGUAUCGCCAUCCUCAAUGCCUACAGGGAAUGGGAGAAGAGGAAGCUGUUAGGUGAUUUCAAGCGUCGCAGUCAAAAGGAGGUUUCAUGGGGUAGAAUGCACUUCCUUCAGAUCAAACGCUUGUAUGAGGUCCAGGAGUUAGUAAAGGAGCUGGAGUCAAGGUUGGGCAACUUGAACAUCCAGAAACCAAAACAGAUUCCAAACUACAAACGAAAGUUUUCGGAGGACCAAGAACGACUGCUAUUAAAGGUGAUAAUGGCAGGUGCUUUCUACCCCAACUACUUCAUCAAGGAACCAAUAGAUGAGCAGGAGUCCAACCGGAUCAUGUCAGGUCAUGACCCCUUCAACACUGUUAUGGUGAAAGGUUUACCGGCCAAUCAGGGAAGUCUUUACAAGAGUGUUGUAGAAGACCAUUUUAGAGAUAUUGGCUACAGACCUACUGCCUUUUUUGAGGAGACAAAGGCCUUCAUCAGCUUCCAGUGGAAACCAGAAUACAAAGGGAAAAUUCAUCCUGGAGUUUAUUCAUCUGUCAAACUCAGACAGCUGCGUCUACCACUGGAGAUCCAACUGUUGUCAAGAGAGGAAGCGUAUAGCCUUGUUGAGCAGCAGGAAUUAGCAAAGGAGCCACAAGCGGGCUGUUUACGUACAAACAGGAUCACUGUGUCCAAUCAGCCCCAGGACAUCCAAAAGUACAUGUUGCCUCCACCCUCUUCCUCAUCUGUCCAGCUGUGUGUUACUGAG